AUGCCAUCAGACGUGACAAUGGGUCGGAAACCUCGUGUAGUGUCAUUAGGAAGACCCAAAUUCAUUGGUGAAGAAUAUAUCGAAGAGUUCCAGAAAGACUUUGACUAUGAUAUUCUCGAUGUCACUAAUCACCAAGAAGCUCUGGAAAAAUUACCACUCAUGCUCGAGAAACAUGGCCCCAUAGAUGCUUUCAUAAUUCGAAUGGGAAGACCCCCCUAUCGUCCAUUCGACAAGAUCUUCAAACUUCUCGUCCCUCACUGUAAAAUCAUCGCAUCAUCAGCAGCCGGAUACGAUGAUCUAGCUGCAGAAUGGUGUACCGAGCAAGGGAUAUGGCUUUGCAACAGUGUUGAUGCUGUGGCCGAAGCCACCGCAGACAUGUCCUUUUUUCUCAUUCUGGCUGUUAUCCGAGAUACGUACCGUGGUGAACGUUCGCUGCGAGAGGGCAACUGGCAAGGCCCUGUUGUGCCGAGUAGAGAUCCUUGGGGUAUGGCGCUGGGGAUUGUUGGGAUGGGUGCCAUUGGGAAGUCUCUUGCCCGGCGAGCGGUUGCGUUCAACAUGAAGAUCAAGUACUACAACCGUCGACGGUUAAGUGCCGAUGAUGAGGCAAAGUACCAGGCGACAUAUUGCUCAUCACUCCACGAGCUACUUGCUCAGUCAGACGUGGUAUCUAUCAACUGUCCUCUUACGAAGGAAACAGAAAACAUGAUAUCAGUUAAAGAGUUGGAAAUCAUGAGAGACGGGGCCUUCAUUGUCAACACUGCACGCGGAGCUAUCAUCGAUGAGACUGCUCUUAUCAAUGCUUUAGAGAGUGGAAAGAUCACAAGAGCCGGAUUGGAUGUUUUUACGAACGAACCUGGCCUGAAUGAGUACUUCAAGACGAGUGACAAGGUAGUCGUUCAGCCCCAUGUUGCUGGCUUGACAGACUUGGCAUUUCAGAGGGGAGAGAGGGAAGCCUUCGAGAACAUCAAGGCAUUGUUCAAGAGUGGAAUGCCCAUAUCUCCCGUCAACUGCCCGAAGAAACAGGUUACAGUAUCAGAUUCUUAA